AUGCAAUUGGACAAGCUCCGCCACCUCAAGGUCAUGCAGGAAGGUAUACAGCUUCCAACAAUUGUGGUGGUUGGUGACCAAUCGUCCGGAAAGUCCAGUGUUCUUGAAUCACUUGCUGGCAUCAACCUUCCACGAGGCCAAGGCAUUUGCACUAGGGUGCCACUCAUAAUGAGGCUUCAGCAUCACUCAGAUCCUCUCCCGGAGCUUCACUUGGAGUUUCUGGGCAGAACUGUCCAGACUGAUGAGACCCAUAUUUCUGAUGCCAUAAAUCAAGCAACUGAUGAGAUUGCUGGCUCUGGUAAAGUUGUGAAGAAAAAUGGCGUACCUGAUCUUACAAUGGUUGAUUUGCCUGGAAUCACUAGGGUGCCUGUUCAUGGGCAGCCUGAUGAUAUAUAUGAGCAGAUAUCAGCCAUAAUAACAGAGUACAUAAAACCAGAGGAGAGCAUUAUCUUGAAUGUUUUGUCUGCAACUGUUGAUUUUCCGACUUGUGAAUCCAUUAGGAUGUCACAGCGUGUGGACAAGACCGGCCUGAGAACUCUGGCUGUUGUUACCAAAGCCGACAAAGCUCCCGAAGGUCUGCUAAAUAAAGUAGAGGCAGAUGAUGUGAAUAUCGGGCUUGGCUAUGUGUGCGUUAGGAAUCGCAUAGGCGAUGAAUCGUAUGAUGAAGCUCGAAAGGAAGAAGCUAAUUUAUUCGAAACCCACCCGCUUCUCUCAAAGUUUGACAAAUCUAUUGUGGGUAUUCCAGUUCUGGCCCAAAAGUUGGUGCGAAUUCAAGCUACAAUAAUAGCAAAAUGCUUGCCAGAGAUUGUUAGAAAGAUCAAUGACAAGCUCAGUGCAAACAGGUCAGAACUCACCAGAAUGCCCCAGAAUCUGACUUCUGUUCCAGAAGCAAUGUCUGCUUUGAUGCAGAUUAUUGGUUCCUCCGUGGAGACUCUUAGGAAAGUUCUCUUGAGAGGUGAGUUCGAGGAAUACCCAGAUGACAAACACAUGCAUUGCACUGCUCGUCUUGAAUUGGAAAACAGUUCAGAAGAUAACUACAAGGACAAUUUUCUAAUGGAGGAGAUACGAGUUCUUGAGGAAACCAGAGGCAUUUGGCUACCAAAUUUCCUUCCUCGCGCGGCUUUUCUCAUGAUCCUGCAGAACAAAGUAAAGGAGAUAUCUGGAGCACCGGUUGAGUUUGUCUCUAAAGUAUGGGAGUACAUUGAGAAAGUGGUGGUUGCUGUUUUAAAGCGUCACUCUGAACAUUAUCCACAGCUGGAGUCAUCUACAAGAAGAGCAGCCCAGAACCUUAUUGCCAAGAGGAAGGAUAUGUCUGCUGAUCGAGUGGCGGAGAUAAUUGAGAUGGAGAAGAUCAUAGAUUAUACUUGCGAUCCUGAAUAUCUGACAGUAUGGGUUGAAGUUGGGCAUUUAAAGUCCUUCCCUAGUAUUAGAGACCAAGCAUUUGACAUAAAAAUGAGGAUUACAGCAUACUGGAAGAUUGUUCUUAAAAGACUCGUUGAUUCCAUGGCUCUGAACCUACAGUUCAGUGUUAAUAAUCUGGUGAACAUGGACAUGGAGAAAGAGAUAUUGACUGAACUCAUGGAUCCUCAUGGUGGUGGACUUGAAAGGUUGCUAGAAGAAUCGCAUUCGGUGGCCACAAAGCGUGAGAGAUUGAACAAAAGUAUCAAGCUGCUGAAGGACUCUAAGGAAGUUGUUGCUAAGGUCAUGGACAGAAUUGCCUUCAAUGCUGAUUAG